CGCCGGGCGGAAACAGCCGCCACCAUGGAAACCAGCGCGCUGGGGGCGGAUCACGUCUCUAUGGGGACAGUACGCGUCUCCCUGGUAACGUAACGCUCGGAUACUGCCGAACCCAGACACCCGGUACCAGUCACAGACCCCGACACCCGACCGGGACCCCGAACACCGAGCGCUCUCCGCGGCCAUGUCCGAGCUAGACUCCGAGGAGUUCGAGGAGGAGGCUGCGCCCGACCUGGGGGAUUAUGAAGGUGAGAGGAAUGAAGUUGGGGAAAGACAUGGACAAGGCAAAGCACGGCUCCCAAAUGGAGACACGUAUGAAGGAAUGUAUGAGAAGGGGAAGCGACAGAGCAAGGGGACGUACCGAUUCAAAAACGGCGCCCGCUACAUAGGAGAGUAUUACCAGAACCUGAAGCACGGCGUCGGGACCUUUCUGUAUCCGGAUGGGUCUAAAUAUGAAGGUGACUGGGUGGACGACCAGCGACAAGGUCAGGGAGUGUACACAUACGCCAAUGGCGACACCUACAGCGGAGACUGGUUCGCUCAUCAAAGGUAUUUACACCCGUUGCAGGAGAAGGAGGAAGAUGAAGAAGAGGAGCCUCUGGCUGUGCCCGUGACGCGGUGGCAGGCAGAGAAGAUCACCCCUCUCACGCUCUGGUCACCUGCAGAGGUGGUACAGCCACCUGCCCCAGUGGUCGGAGAUCCAGGAGAUACCGCAACCUCUGAGGCUGCUCUGAGUGCGGACGCUGAGUCUGCCGAGGCUGCACUCCCUGACCGGUCACCGGAGAACGUAACAGCCAUCGAAGCACCGGCACCUGAUGUACCAGCCGAGGAGGAACCCACACCCAAUGACCCUGAAGGUGCAGAAGCCGGGAGCACGGGCCUUGUUGAUGAUCCUUAAGCCUGAACUGAGAGAGACCAGAUAAUGACCUUCUGGAAAUGUCUGUGAUACACAGAGAAGACGACCGCGAGAAACCUGCCCAACCGGAUCACACAACCGAGUGCGGUGCUCCCCCGACCUGUACUACGUCUGCAGCCCCUGCCCUGCGUCAGCCAAUCAAUAAACAGUGUCUACAUCCA